GCGGGCGGCAGCGCCGGGGAUCGCUGGGGAUCUCUGGGGAUGGAUGGCGCUGCUAAGGAGCGGUGAGCAGCGAUGAGGAGCCGGAGCGGAGCCCGUGGGGAUUCCCCGCCGCGAGGGAUUGCUGCAGCUCUGAAGAGGAUGACUAAGGAAAGCUCAGCAGAUUUCUGACAGAAAUGGUUUUGCCCUGGAAUCUCCCUGGCACUGAUAGAUCUUCAGUAGAAAUCCAGCUUGAGGCAGCUGUGGAAGCCUGGAGAUGAACACAUUUUAUCACAUUUUCUCAAACAUUCUGAGGUGCUGAACAAAUAACCUGGCUUUGAACAUGCACCGUGUAGGAGACUCCGUUGUGAUCACAUGGAGCCACGUGAACAGAAGCAAAAUGUUUCUUUCAGUAGCAGAGGGGUUUCUCUGCUGAUGUCCGUGGGAGCCCUGAUGGAUUUGCCAGUGCCUCUCUGUCAGCUUGUGUACCUCACCUUUCUGUCUACAGCUGUUUGCAGCCAGGAUGAAAUAAAACUCCAGAUGGACUCCCACAAUUUCCAGCACAUUUUGUCCUGGCAGGCAAAACAUGACCCAGCUGUGCCAGCAUCCUACAACCUGCUGUACAGACACCACAGGAGCCAGACCUGGAUGAGUGCUCGGCAGUGUUCAGGUAUUGCCCAGCUCUCCUGUGAGCUGACAGAGGAUUUCAAGGACAGAUCUGCUGUGUAUCAUUACUUUGUUCAGAGCGUUGGAGGAGCUCAGGUGCUCAAUUCUUCUGUGCUGGUUUUUCAGCCAUUAACUCAGACAAUUCUGGGACCACCAGAAGUGAGUAUCACUUCCUGUCCAAACUGCAUCAAUGUCACCAUAAAGCUGCCAACCUCUCACUUCAGGGACAAGGGAAAGCUGCUGUCUUUAAUUGAUAUCUAUGAAGAGCUGAAUUAUGAUAUCACCCUGAAAUCACUGGAAGGAGAGCAUAAGAGGCCACGGCAGAAAACCACUGAAGAAGUGUUUAGUACUGUCAUUGAAGAAUUGUAUCCCGGCAGGAAUUACUGUGUGUCCGUGGUGGUCACUGCCUCCCUGAACAAAUAUUCCAUCCCCUCCCCCUGGACAUGUGCCACUGCAGACUCGCAGGCUCAGCAAGGGUAUCAUGAAAUUGCAGUGGCAGGUGCUGUCUGUUUUUCACUGAUAAUUGCUGCAGUCCUGAAGUGUGUGCAUGCAGCAGGUUUCAUUGCCCAGAAGAUAUCCCUUCCUCAGAGCUUGGAAUGCAUCAGGCAGUUGGCCUACUCAGCUUGGGUGUGUGAGCCAGAGAACACGGCCUCUGUGGAGAUCAUCCCCAGAGAGGUGAAGAGCAAGGCCAGGGCGGGCAGAGGCAGUGCCAGCGACGACAGUGACAGCAGUGACAGUGACAGCAGUGCCCUGUGUGACCACGACUACACGAGGCGUGAGGGGCUGGGCAGGGGCAGCGUGCCCCGAGGCUGGCUCACCCCCAGCACCCUGGGGCAGUACUCGGUGAGCAGCAGUGAGCACAGCCAGGCUGGGGACAGCGUGGCUGCUGAGCCACACGAGUCCCAGGAGCAGCAGGGACACCCUGGAGGAGAGGGAGACACGAGGAGUGAGUUCCUGAGUCCUUUCUCUGAGUCCCAGGGGAACAGCGAGUGCUUCACCAUCAGCUUACAAACGGUGCAGCUGGGAAGCCUGGAGCAGGACGGGCACAGCUCUGCAGCUCCUCCAGCCCAGGAGGAUGAAGGUGACUGGCACUGUGCUCAUGAUCUGCAGGCAAAGGAGGACACAGGAAGUGUGCAGGAUGCUCCUUGUUCUAAUGACUUCUUUUCUGGAAUGAUCCCAAAGCCCCGAAACGCAAGGAUCACUUCAGUCAAUCUUCACAGCACCUUGCAGUGGGAUGCACCAAGGUUCCCUGAAGGGAACAUCACCUACACUGUCCGAUCCAAGAGCAUCAACAUCCCCGGGGACAGCUACGACACGCUGGGGACGCGGCUGAGGCUGCCCGAGUGCGACGUGUCCUCUCUGUCCGUGUACGGUCACUACGUCCUGCAGCUGCGCGCCGAGGCGGGACGGCUGCGCUCCCCCUGGCUCACCCUCCGCUUCAAACCCAUGGAUGACACCACCGUUGGCCCCCCUGAGGUGAGGCUGAAGUCGGAGUCCGGGGAUCUUCACGUGGAUUUCUCGGGGCCCUUUGCAGGGCACGGGCAGGACAGGUGGCCCCUGAGGCACUACUAUGGCUCCUGGAAUUACAGGAUCUUCUACUGGAAGAAAGGCAGCACAGACACAGACCUGGCCUCUGCUUCCUGGGUUGCUCAGGUGGACACCAAACACAACUCUGAGAUCCUCUCCCAGCUGGAGCCAUGGACAGUUUAUUGUGUCCGAGUGCAGGCGGUGAUUCCCGAGUGGAACAAGACAGGGGAGCUGAGCAGGGAGCUCUGUGAGCAGACAACCCACAAUGGUGUAACCCCUGUGUGGGUAAUUGUGACUAUCCUGGUGGGAUCAAUGCUUGUUGUGGCCACAGCUGUCACUGCUUGUUUCGUCUCCAGUUUUUAUCUCUACAGACUCACCAAACACGUUUUCUGCCCUUCCUAUGUUUUCCCACAACACUUGAAAGAGUUUUUGAGCAAACCUCCCAGUGCUCUGCAGCCUUUCCCUCCACUUCCAAAUGAAGAACUCCUGGUUUGUGACAAGCUGAUUGUGAUUUCAGAGCAACCCCAAAGCCUCAGUGAAGGGAGUGGGGAUGAGGCCAGCAGGACACCAGAGCACCCUGAGGACUCUGCACAAGGAGCCUCAGACUCAGGAUUGGGAGCAGCCCCAGGAAAAACCUAAAUAUCCUCAGGAAAAACCUAAAUAUCCUCAGGAAAAGCCUAAAUAUCCUCCUCAUUCUUCCUUUGAGAAGAAGAAGCAAAAGGACUUUUGGGUUUAUCUCAUGGCUGAAUUCUCCAGCAGAAAGAAAUCCACAAACACGUGACCACAGACUUCUGACAGAAUAAUUUUCUUUUUUUAAGUACAAGAAACUUGGCUCAAAAUGAGGAAUUAAAUGAUCCACAACUUUUGCCACUGUUGGUUGUGGCUCCCUGAGGAGUUGUAGCAACUCUGGCACUGAUUAUGACAUUAAAAAGCAAAUGUCAUAUUUAUAUAUA